AUGGAUGCUCUGUCGAAGAAGUUAGAUGAAAGAGCCAUCAACGGUCGUUUUGGAAUCCACCCGGAGUGUGAAGCCCCGUUGAUAACUCAUUUAAGCUUUGCAGACGGCGUCUUGAUCUUCUUUGAUGGGUCAGCAGACUUGUUGAGUGGUAUUCUUCAGAUUUUGGAGGAAUUUCGGCAAAUAUCAGGACUCAGCAUCAACAAGAACAAAACGGAGUUGUUGAUAGAUGGAGGAAGUGCUAGUAGAUGCAGGGAGUUGGCGUCACAAAUGGGUAUUGCGCAAGGUUCAUUGCCGGUGCGAUAUCUAGGAGUGCCUUUGUCCCCAAGGAAAAUGACGCACACUAAUUUUCAGCCACUUCUGGAUAAGAUUUCAGCAAGAUUCAACUCUUGGACAAUAAAACAUUUGUUGUUUGCCGGAAGAUUUCAGUUGAUACAAGCAGUUAUUUACUCAACAAUAUCAUUCUGGGCUUCAAUGUUCAUCAUUCCUAAUGAAUGCAUCCGCAUUCUAGAGAGGAUGUGUAAUGCGUUUUUGUGGAACGGAGCUCCUAAUUCAGCAAGAGGGGUAAAGAUUGCUUGGGAGUCAGUGUGCACACCCAAGGAAGCAGGAGGGGGGUUCAUUGUGGGUCUCGUGGGUGAGAAGGAACUUAAUUGGGUGGAGAAUUUUUGGAUGUUAGAAUUGCAGAGAAACGCAAGCUGGAUCUGGAAAUCGUUGUGUAAGCUGAGACCUAUAGCAAGACCCUUCAUCCAGUGUAGAGUGGGCUCGGGGAUCACAGCAAAAUUUUGGGUAGAUAACUGGACGUCAUUGGGGCCGCUGAUUGAUGUAGUGGGAGAGAAUGGACCUAUGAUCACUGGAGUGAAUCUUAAUGCGGUGGUGGCAGAUGCGUUAAGAAAUGGAGGUUGGAUCUUUGAGAGGAGUAGAAGCAGGAACCCUAUUAUCUCCUUCAUGAGGGAGAGCCUUCCUGCCUCUCAACCGAUCAUUGAAUCAGAGGAAGAUGAUCAAUAUGUUUGGGUUACUAAUAGGCAGAAUGGUUCGGAGGCAUUCUCCACUAGUGUAACUUGGAGGAGUUUAUUCCCUUGCAACACAGAAGUCUUUUGGCACAAAGAGAUCUGGUUUACAGGGCGUAUUCCGAAGCAUGCCUUUAUGUCUUUGAUAGCAGCAAGAGACAGGAUGGUUACUAGAGAUAGACUGAUCAGUUGGGGGUUGCAAGUGCCUACGAUUACACCUCUCUCCUCCAGCACAAUUCGAGAGUGGGUUGAGAUGGCUGAAGAACCCAUCAAGAGACAAGAAUGUGAAGCUGAUAGUGAGGCUGCUUUAUCAAGCUUGUCUAUAUCUGAUUUGGAGGGAAAGAAACUCGAGAAUACACUCUGGAAAUACUCGAUAACCGGGGGCGUUAAUUGCUGA